AUGAACAAGCCCAUCCAAAUCCCCAGAAUGGCCCUGCGGUUGUUAGCCGUACCGCCACGUUUGAGGCGAUCCCAAGUCCCGGCCAUACUUGCCUUGAUUUUGCUAUUCGUCUUGUUUUCAAUCAGUUCGUCUUUCCGUCACGCUGGCACACCACCUGCAUGGUUGUCGGGUUCAUCCCACCAGUUCCCCUGGGGCAAGAAGCACCCUGCCAAACCACCGCCAACGCUGCCAGAACUCAAGAUUCUCGACCUCGCAAACAGCAGAGGCACAGGCAACUCGACAGCUGCCCAAGAGGAGCCUGAAUUCUGCGCUCAACGCUUCGGGCCCGCCUAUCUCCAAAACCUACGAGACAAUGCGAUUGAAUACUGCAAGGUCGCUCCAGGCGAGCAUCCAAAGCCCUUUCGCAUGACCUGUUUCCACAGCCACACGCGCAGCAACGGGGAGCCGGACUCGCUUUGCAUUGCUCAGGGCGCCAAAUUUGACGUGGAAAGGGGGAAAUUCGUAUUCGAUUGUACCGUACGGCCGCCGACGUCGGAAGAAGUAGGACGCGGACUGGUUCCAUUUGACAAACUCCCGGCCUAUUGGUACGAAACGGGGCCGAAGGAAAUAGUUGACCAAUAUGUCGAUUUUCAAAACAAACCAGUGGAAAAUCCAGGGGAUAAUGUCAAUCAUGCCCAAGUGCAACAGUCCUUACCCAUUAACAUCCUAAUCAAGCGCGAAGGCUCUGGCCACCCAUGGCACACGCUCAUGGAGAUUUGGUCUCUGGCAAACACGAUAGAUGUGCUGAGGUUGAGUGCAGACCCCGAGACUGGCGGUGCUUUUUUUACCGCGCCAAACGACGCCGAGAGGACGCAGGUGAUCAUUUUGGACAACAACGAGGACGGUCCGUUUUUCGACCUUUGGACAUUAUUUACAGGACACAGGCCUGUCCGAAUUUCGGCUGCGCUCGAGGCCCUGAAGAAGAGCAAUUCGGCGGCUGAUACCACAUUAGCCCUCUCAUCAAGCCAAUUGCACAACGUUGUUAUACCGCUGGCGGGCGCCGCCAACCCGUUGUGGCAAAACGACUGGGAGGAUCGCGACUGCAAAGAUGCGCCACUGAUCAAGGUCUUCGUGCGCCGUGUACUGCACCACCUUGGCCUGGAGCCAUUCGAGCCCCCGUCUAUGUCACUUUCGCCCGACCCCAAGAAACAGAUCAGAUUGACCUUUAUCGACCGCCGCGGUUCCCGCAAACUUUUGGGCCAGGAGAAGCUGCUCGAUGCGGCGCGCCGCGUGCAUCCGGACGUUGAGAUACGGUCUAUUGACCUUGCCUCAUUAUCGUUCGUUGACCAGAUUCGGCUCGUGCGCAGCGAGACUGACAUAUUAGUCGGUGCGCAUGGUGCCGGCCUGACACACGUCAUGUUCCUCCGUGGUGGAUGGGAGGGCGGCGGGAAGGCUGUGGUAGAGAUCCAACCCAGCGAGAUGAGCUACAAGGGCUUUCGCAACCUCGCGUACAUGCUGGGUCACGAGUACUUUGUCGCAAAAGCCGAGACAUUGUCCCAGGAGGACUUGGAUAGAGAAAGAACCGAGGCCGAAAUCAAGGCCAAGCAAAAAGCAGAUGCGGUAAAAGAAGAUGCAGCCCCAGUCCCGACUGCACCAGCCGCGCUGGAGAACACGAGAUACGUAGACGAGGGGGUGGAUGAAAAGAAAGAAACAGAGAAGAGAGGGUCCAAGGCAUUACUUGACCAAGAACUAGAGGACAGUCUCCUCUACAUGCCAGGCACGCAUCUGGCGAAACGAGACAAGUGGCAUUUUGCCGACGUUAGAAUUGGCGAAAGCGAAUUUUUGGAGUUGAUCGGCGCAGCUGUUAAAUAUGUGAAGAGUAAAUGA